AUGUUUGGAAAGAGUGCAUUUGGAUCAACUGGAGGAUUUGGUCAACCACAGCAGCAACAACAGCCUGGCUCAGUAUUCGGCCAGCCAGCUCAACAGCCUCAACAAGGCAGCGCAUUUGGUGGUUUUGGAGCUACAUCUGCACCAAGUGCUUUUGGCGCCGCCCCUGCUACAACAAGUGCGUUUGGACAACCUGCCCAACAAUCUGCAUUUGGUGCAGCACCUGCUACUACUGGCUUUGGCGCUACCAACACCUCCGCUUUUGGCCAAGCUAGACCCUCUGCAUUUGGAACAACUCAACCCUCUGCUUUUGGUGCCACUCAACCUGCAGCUUCAACUGGAUUUGGUGGUGGUGGAUUUGGAAGCACCUCUACGACUUCAGCAUUUGGAAGCACUGCAGCUCAACCCUCCGGUGGAUUAUUUGGACAACGUCCUGCCACCAGUGCUUUUGGAGGUGCUCCUACCACAAGCGCAUUUGGACAACCUCAACAGCAAACAUCAGCUUUUGGUGGCAUGGGUGCAACUGGCUCUGCCUUUGGACAACCUGCAAACGCUGCUGGUGGUGUCAACCAAGGCACUGCUAUUGCUGAUUUCUCACCUACUCAAGAUCGCGAUAUCACUACUGGCGUAAACAACUUUUUCCAGACAAUUACAGCUAUGCCACAAUACAAAAACUAUUCCCUUGAAGAACUUCGUUUGCAAGAUUACCAACAAAAUAGAAAGACGGCAAGUGGUGCUCCUGGUGCUGGCGGUGCCUUUGGUGCUCCUGCUGGUGGUGCUUUUGGCGCCUCUACCGGAGCUACUGGUUCCGCAUUUGGUCAACCUGCUGGAGCUACAGGUGGAUUCGGUCAGCAACAACAAACCUCAGCCUUUGGUCAACCUGCUCAAACAAGUGCUUUUGGUGCGGGUGCCACGAGUGGUGGUCUCUUUGGACAACAGCAACAACCUGCUACUACAUCUGCAUUUGGUCAACCUGCUACUGGCACCUCUGCUUUUGGUGCUUCCACCUCUGCUUUUGGCCAACCUGCUGCCGCAUCUGGCUUCGGUGCUGCUGCUUCAAAGCCCUUCUCAUUUGGUAGUACACCUGCUCCUGCCACUGGUGGAUUUGGUCAACCUGCCACGUCUGCUUUCGGUCAGCCUGCUGCUUCUACAGGCGCUUUUGGUCAACAACAACCUGCUACAACCAGUGCAUUUGGUGGAUUUGGACAAAAGCCUGCUACAACACCCGCCACAGGUGGAUUUGGUACUGGAUUUGGUCAACCUGCUGCUACUGGUGGAUUUGGUCAGCCUGCUGCUACUGGUGGAUUUGGUGCCUCUACAAGCAAGCCUGCUUCCUCCUUCUCAUUCGGUGCUACUGCUCCCACAUCUACUGCUGGCGGUUUCGGUACUGGAUUUGGCACGACGCCUGCCCCUGCUACUGGUGGAUUCGGUCAACCUGCUACUGGUGGGCUCUUUGGUGCUGCUAAACCCGCUGCUCCUACUACCUCACUGUUCGGUAACACUGGUGCUACUACUGGUACUGCUGGCGGAUUUGGUGGAUUUGGGACUGGUGCAACUGGUGCUGCUGGCACUACUGGUGGUCUAUUUGGUCAAAAGCCUGCUACUGGACUGGGAGGCACUGGAGGUGGAUUAUUCGGUAGCAAUACAUUGGGUGCUACCACCUCUGGUUUCGGCUUCGGUCAACAACAGCAAGGAACAAACAGCUUCAACUUGCCCGCUCAAGGUGGUUUGACUUCAUUCGGCACGAACCCUCUUCAGCCUGGUAUCCAACAACAACCCUUGAUUGCCACUGUCGACAAAAACCCUUAUGGCAACAAUCCCUUGUUUGAUUUGAGCAAGGUGCCUAAUACACCUUCUGGUUCCAAAUCUGGCGCCUCUGCUGUUGCUUUGGAUGGAUCUAGUCGUAAAUCCAGCAGCCCUCUUUACCACAUGUCGCCCCGUGUCGUCUCCAAGAUUAAGCUUCGUGGCUUUAACUCUCAUUCUACCAAAUCCAGUGCUCGUCAAAUCGCUACUGCCAACCUGGAAGGUAUCAGUGAUGAUGCUGUUCUCGGUUCUGGUGCAUUUGCUCCUCGUACUCACAGCAAGAAGCUUGUUUUCGACAAUGAUGUUGAUGCAGCAAGUAUUGUAGAUCUCAUCAACAGCAAAAAGUCUGACAAGAGAAGAGUUAUGUUUGAUCCUCAACUUGAAUAUGUUGCGGCCAAGGAAAACCACGCUACAACCUCUGGUGCUACUGCCGCUGCUUCCACGCCAGCAACCACGACAACCACGACGACCAUUAUAUCCGAAGUGACAACUACAAAAGAUGCACCAUCUACUAGCAAGAAAAGCACCGCUUCAUCCUCCAUCGCCACAUCCUCUGCCUCCAACGCCGCUUUGAAGAACGACUAUUAUAUCUCACCCUCUCUUGAUACCUUGGCCAAUAUGCCAAAGGAAGGAUUGAAACAUGUACAAAAUCUCGUUGUGGGCCGUAAGGGAUACGGUGAAAUUCGCUUUGAUCAGCCUGUUGAUUUGACGGACGUUGUUAUCGAGGAUAUCAUGGGUAACAUUGUUGUGAUUGAAGAAAAGACGGUUGUUGUCUAUCCUGAUCAAGAAAACAAGCCUGCCAAGGGUACUCAAUUGAACUUGCCAGCCACUAUCAAGAUCGAAAACUGCUUCUCCCAUGACAAGAAUACAGGUGCUCCCAUCAAAGAUCCUGCACAUCCUCGUUUCGGCCUUUUCAAGGAAAGACUUCGCAAGCGUGAAAAUGUUGAAUUUAUUGAUUAUACAAAUAAUGGCGAAUGGACCUUUAAAGUUCAAGAAUUCUAA